CUGGAUGGUUUAGCAGAGUUCCAGCAUUCAAGUUACAGUGCAGUCGUCGCGAGACGAACUUAGCUCUCCACUCCAGCUGCUGGCUUCCUUCCCAACUCCUGGGGAAAAAGAUAGACAGACAGAAAGAAAGAAAGAAAAGAAGAAAGAUUUGCCUUUCAGCUGGGUUGCAUGCUCUUUGCUUUUUUAUCCCCAAAUCAGGUCAUUUGAAGAAGGGCAAUCAUGACAGAGACCAGUCUGCAGCUCGAGCAAGCAGCCUUUGUGGAGGAUUCCGAUGAUGAGCAGGCAGGAGAUGAACAGGGAGAGAAGGAAGACUCCCAGAUGAAUGGCGUUAUGGUAUUAACACUGCUGGACAAGAUCAUCGGGGCAGUCGACCAGAUUCAGCAGACCCAGAACAGCCUGGAGCAGCGGCAGCAGGAGAUGGAGAGCGCCGUCACAGGGAUCCAAAGCGAGCUGACCAAGCUGUCCAAAUCGCACACCACCACUAGCAACACAGUCAACAAGAUGCUGGAGAAAGUGCGUAAAGUAAGCGUCAAUGUCAAGACGGUGCGGCAGAAUCUGGAAAAGCAAGCGGGACAGAUCAAGAGACUGGAGAGCAACGAGGCUGAGCUGCUCAAGAGGCGAAACUUUAAAGUUAUGAUCUACCAGGAUGAAGUUAAGGUCCCUUCUAAAGUGAGUGUUUCCAAGGUCCUAAAGGGUCUGGAGAAGGUCCAGGAAGAGGGAGAGCAAGAACUACAAGAGCAGGGUGAAACUGAAGGUAAAGAGGAAGAUGAGCACAUCCAUCUGUCGUCAGAUGAAGAGGUGGAGAUCGAGGAGAUCAUUGAGGAGUCGCGGGCUGAGCGCAUCAAGAAAAGUAGCAUGCGGCGUGUGGAUGACAUAAAGAAAGCCUUUUCGAAAGAGAAGAUGGAGAAGACCAGGCAAAGGACCCGUGAGAACCUGGAGAAAACCAAGCAGCGGACCAAGGAAAACCUGGAGAAAACCAAGCACAACAUCGAGAAGAAGAUGAACAAGCUUGGCACCAGGAUUGUAAACACGGAGCGCAAGGAGAAGAUGAAGACCUCCAGAGACAAGUUCAAGAAGUCCUUCACCCCUGACCACGUGGUGUACGCCAGGUCCAAGACCGCCGUCUACAAGGUGCCGCCCUUCACUUUCCACGUCAAGAAAAUCCGGGAGGGUGAGGAUGAGCCAAAGAGUAUGGAGAUGGUGAAUGUGGUCGGGGAAGAGGAAGAGCUGAUAGAAGACAACCCAGAGAUGGAAAUUUUACUGGACACAGCAGAAGACGAAGGCUUCUCCACUGAGAAGAGAGACCCAGACAGUGAUUAAGCGGAUGAACUUCAUGUGGGUUUCAUCACUUCAGUGUCUAUCGCAUCACAUGACCUAAAUGACAUAGACUUCAUUUUGGGGUGGGGGGGGGUCAAAGGACUCUUUUUGUACACCAGUAUGCUAAGCCACUCUUUCAUCUCUGCUUAUUUAGGUUUCCAGGAGAUGUCAACAUCAAGCAGUAGAGAACUCUGAUAGGCCAAUGUGUACAUUUUAGACGGUGGGCAGUGAGAGGCUGGGCAUCACCAUGGCCUUUGAAGAGCACUCGCUCCCAAAGAGCCACUCCCAAGGAAUCCCAAUCCAACUGGAGCCCCCCCUGGAAGCUCGGCACCAGGAGAGAUGCUCCCACUAAAAUAGCUUCAGUCCUGAUUUACGUAACACUCUUGGGAACGGGCAGGCGCUUCAUCUCACAUCAUGUGUGGGCACACUCACUGGGAUGGGGGGGCUUACCAUGGAACAGUUACCCCAAAACAUUCACGUCGGGCGCAGUCUUUACUGCCCAGUCGUCUCAUCCAGCACGCCGCUAGUGAAAUUAACAAAAAGAAAAAAGCAUCGGUGAGAGCUCAUCUGUUUAAAAUAUUUGAGACCCCAUUGCAUUUAACGGCUCAAUUGCUCGAUGGGUAGACUAAUAAUAAUCUUUAAAAGAAAAAUAACCUUUUCUUCAUAUUCGUUCAACUAAUAAAUAUGGCAACUAUUAAACAAGAA